GAAGGCUCCCGUUGCUAAGGUGACGCGGCCGCCAAGCGCGCGGAGGAGGCCGGGAAGCAGGCACGUUUCGACGCCGUCGCGAACGGGCCCUGCUUUUACGACGCCGGGGUUGCGCUUGGUGGCGGCCUGGGCCUAGUCGGGCUGGGGGAGGCGCGCCUCAAUUUUCAACGCCGCCGCCGCCGCCGCCUUAUUCCUCCUCCUCCUCCGCGGGCGGCCAUGGAGAUGCCCCCACCGCCCCCGCUGCCGCCGCCGCCUGAGGACCAGGAGCUGCGCAAUGUCAUUGACAAGCUGGCUCAGUUUGUUGCCCGGAAUGGCCCGGAGUUUGAGAAGAUGACCAUGGAAAAGCAGAAGGAGAACCCCAAGUUCUCAUUCCUCUUUGGGGGCGACUUCUACGGCUACUAUAAGUAUAAGCUGGCCCUGGAGCAGCAGCAGUUGUUAUGCAAGCAGAGCCAGGACCUUGAGGCUGCCCCGCCCAUCCAAGCGAUACCCCAGCCGCCCUUGGCCGCCGCCCCCGCUGCCCCCCUCACAACUCCUCAGGGGACACCCUCCAUGGAGGAGUUGAUCCAGCAGAGCCAGUGGAACCUCCAGCAGCAGGAGCAGCACCUCCUGGCUUUGAGACAGGAGCAAAUCACCUCAGCGAUCGCCCUGGCCGUCGAGCAGCAGAUGCAGAAGGUUCUAGAGGAAACUCAGCUGGACAUGAACGAGUUUGAUAACUUAUUGCAGCCGAUCAUCGACACCUGUACGAAGGACGCCAUCUCCGCUGGCAAAAACUGGAUGUUUAGCAACGCCAAGUCCCCCCAGCACUGUGAGCUGAUGGCCGGGCACCUGCGGAACCGCAUCACGGCGGAAGGGGCCCACUUCGAACUCCGGCUCCACUUAAUCUACCUGAUGAAUGACGUGCUCCACCACUGCCAGCGGAAGCAACAGCGGGACCUUCUGGCUGCCCUGCAGAAAGUGGUGGUACCCAUUUACUGCACCAGCUUCCUGGCCGUGGAGGAAGACAAGCAGCAGAAGAUCGCCAGGCUCCUUCAGCUGUGGGAGAAAAAUGGCUACUUUGACGAAUCCAUCAUUCAGCAGCUACAGAGCCCGGCGCUUGGACUUGGGCAGUAUCAGGCCACUCUCAUCACCGAGUAUGCCAGUGUAGUCCAACCAGUGCAAGUGGCUUUCCAGCAGCAGAUCCAGACUCUGAAAACCCAGCAUGAGGAGUUUGUGAACAGCCUCACACAACAACAACAACAGCAGCAGCAACAGCAGCAGCAACAGCAGCUUCAGAUUCCUCCUUUGGAAAGUGAGGUCAAGCCGGCUGCCCCAGCUCCUCCUCCAGCCGCCCCCGUUGCACAAGGAGAGGAGGGGAAGACUCCCCUGCCGCUCGCAGGUGCCACCGAAUACGAAGCGGCAGGCAGUGCCAGCUCUGAUUCUGCCACCCCUGGACCGCGUGGCCCUGGGCCUCACGAUCACAUGCCUCCCAAUAAACCGCCCUGGUUUGAUCAGCCACACCCGGUGGCCCCCUGGGGCCAGCAACAGCCUCCAGACCAGCCCCCCUUUCCUCACCACCAGGGACCCCCUCAUUGCCCCCCAUGGAACAGCAACCACGAAGGCAUGUGGAAUGAGCAGCGGGAGCCCGGCUGGAACAACCAGCGCGAGGCCCCCUGGAACAACCAGCCUGAUCCGUCGUGGAACAACCAGUUCGAGGCCCCCUGGAACAACCAGCACGAGCAGCCGCCGUGGGGCGCUGGGGGCCAGAGGGAACCCCCUUUCCGGAUGCAGCGCCCGCCCCACUUCCGGGGGCCCUUCCCCCCUCACCAGCAGCACCCCCAGUUCAACCAGCCCCCCCACCCCCACAACUUCAACCGCUUCCCGCCGCGCUUCAUGCAGGACGACUUCCCCCCACGGCACCCCUUCGAGCGGCCCCCGUAUCCACACCGCUUCGACUAUCCGCAGGGGGAUUUCCCCCAGGAGAUGGGGCCCCCACAUCACCACCCUGGGCACCGCAUGCCACACCCUGGGAUCAGCGAGCAUCCCCCGUGGGGAGGGCCCCAGCAUCCUGACUUUGGGCCUCCCCCCCACGGAUUUAACGGCCAGCCGCCCCACAUGCGCCGGCAGGGGCCCCCUCACGUCAACCAUGACGACCCCAGCCUGGUGCCCAACGUCCCAUAUUUUGACCUCCCGGCUGGACUCAUGGCGCCGCUCGUCAAACUGGAAGAUCACGAGUACAAGCCCUUAGACCCGAAGGAUAUCCGCCUACCUCCCCCCAUGCCCCCCAGCGAGCGGCUCCUGGCAGCAGUGGAAGCCUUUUACAGCCCACCUUCCCACGACAGACCCCGGAACAGUGAGGGCUGGGAGCAGAACGGGCUGUACGAGUUCUUCCGAGCGAAGAUGAGAGCCCGGCGGCGCAAAGGACAGGAGAAAAGGAACAGCGGCCCCUCGCCCUCCCGCAGCCGAUCCAAAAGCCGCGGCCGCUCAUCAUCCCGCUCAAACUCGAGGUCUUCGAAGUCCUCUGGCUCAUACUCGAGAUCGCGGUCCCGGUCUUGUUCUCGGUCUCGGUCCUACUCCCGGUCACCAUCCAGGAGCAGGAGCCGUUCCCGGUCCUCUCGAAGCCGGUCCCGGUCCCGGUCUCGAUCCAAAUCCUACUCGCCCGGAAGGCGCCGCCGGUCCCGAUCCCGCAGUCAAACACCUCCCUCUGCAGCCGGUUUGGGCUCCAGUUCGGGUCCUCCCGUCCCUGAAUCCCGACUCGGAGAGGAGAACAAAGGACACCAGAUGCUCGUGAAAAUGGGGUGGAGCGGAUCCGGGGGCCUGGGGGCCAAAGAGCAAGGGAUCCAGGACCCAAUCAAGGGCGGGGACAUCCGAGACAAAUGGGAUCAGUACAAGGGCGUGGGCGUGACCCUGGACGACCCCUAUGAGAACUACCGGAGGAACAAAAGCUACUCCUUCAUCGCCCGGAUGAAAGCCAGAGAUGAAAGCUAAUGAUGCUUCCAGCGGAAGGAGGCCAGCCAGACGGCCACUGAGCACGGGGCAAGUGAAUCAGGACCUGGCUGUUUAUCCUAACCCCCCCUUCCCCCCCGAGACACCUCUGGUAAUGUCAUACCUCCCUUUAGAGGGUUAAGAACUUGAAAUAUUCAGUGCUUUGUAACAAAACUAAACAAAAAAACCCCACACAAUGCAGGCCUUUUUAUAUUUUUGUAUAUACUCUUGGGGUAGCAAAAGGGAGGGCCGUAGGCAGACUCUUCCCAACACCCUCCCCUCCCGAUUCGUUACCCGCCUGCUUCCUGAAAACUCCCUUUCCCAUUAGCUGGCGGGGUGCCCCGAGCCGGUCGGCUGCCAUCUUGUCCAAGGCUCUCUGGAGGAACCCGAGGCGCCAUUUGCCUCCUCUGCUCCCUUUUGCAACCCACCUGCUUGGCGAGGUGGCGCAGCCAUUGUAAGAUGACUUCCUUUGCCCGUGGAACCCGCCCCCCCCCGUCGGUCGCCCUUCUGCCCUGCAUCCGACUCGGCCACCGCCUUGUACGUACGGUUGCUUACCAAUAAAGAGAUGUUUUUCCUA